CGGUCAUUUUCGAAUCAUGGCGCUGCUCUUCCGCGGAUCGUCGGCGGCCGCGGGCCUCGCCCGCCGCAUGCAAGUCCGCUCCAUUGCAUUGACCACGCGAUUCCCAGAGACCACACUGGAGCUCAAGGAAGCGGAAGGCAAGAAGCCGCUUCUUCCCUUGAACGUGGCUCUGGUUGAGUGCAAACAAGGUGCUGUCCGCAAGUUUGACGAGACGGUCGAUAUUGUGGUUGAGCUCGGUGUGGACCCUCGCAAACCUAACCAAAGCGUUCGAAGUGUCGUGAGCUUGCCCCAUGGCACCGGCAAGGUUGUCCGUGUAGCGGUGUUUGCCAAGGGUGACAAAGCAGACGAAGCCCGUGCGGCUGGUGCUGCGAUCGUUGGCGCGGAAGACUUGUUGGCGGAUAUCCAAGCCGGCAAGUUGGACUUUGACCGAUGUGUGGCGACCCCAGACAUGAUGGCGCUGGUCGGUCGUGUCGCCCGAGUCCUUGGUCCUCGAGGGCUGAUGCCGAACCCCAAGCUUGGUACGGUCACCCAAGACGUGACGGCUGCCAUCAAGGCUGCGCAAGGCGGUCAGGUCGAAUUCCGUGCAGAAAAGAAGGGUAUUGUGCAUGCUGGCGUGGGCAAAGUGAGCUUUUCCGAUGAAGCUUUGCUGGAAAACAUUCGCGCGUUCAUGGUUGCUGUGGGAGAAGCGAAACCCGAAGGCGCCAAAGGCAAGUACAUCAAGGCGUGCCACUUGAGCAGCACGAUGGGCCGCGGAAUCAGAUUGGACACGCGCUACUUGGACCCUUCGUCGCCCCAUUUUAUGCGAUUCACUUAGAUAGUUCCAUCAACCAACCCACACUUCGUUCGGACGUCGUCGCGCAUGUUUUUCGCGAGCACGUCACUUUCUUC